AUGUCGGAGCAGGGGGGAGGACAGGGUUCGAGCCAGGUUCAGAAUCAGUCCCAGAAUGAAGGUCGAGCAUCAGGAUCGAGAGGGGGCUCACGUGGUGGACGUCGUAGGGGAAGAGGUGGCCGGAACCGCGGUCAAGGGAAUCAAUCCACCACAUCAGGCUCCCGAGGUGGUAGAAACGCCGCCUCUCAGGCCACCGCUGCUGAUGGUACUGAUGCUACACCUUCAACCACACCCCAGGUGGAGCAGCCCGCCUCUUCCGCACCUGAAAGUUCAGCAUCAUCUAGAGGCCGACGGAAUCGGCGCGGUCAGCGAGGCGGUUCUCACGGUUCAGAGAACCGAGGAAGAGGAGGAUUCCGCGUGGGACCUCAUCGGCAAUUCGGUGGCCGCUUGACCACCACAACGGAAGAACCGGCUCAAGCAACUUCCCAGGAUCAGUCAUUGAGUGCAGACGCUCCCGAGUUUGUCCCCGGGCAACCCGUUGCUCCACGAAGUGCACCGGAGUCAAGCUCGGCUCAGUCUCAGCCUCCGACCCAGCCGCGCUCUAAGGGAGGUCGAUCUCGGUCUGAUCGGAAACAGGGGAGGCCAAAGCAGGACGUUCCUAAGUCGACUGCCUCCGACCUUUGGCAACGGAUCCAGGAGGACAUUAGCAACUGGAACUACGAAUGCCGAAUCUGCGCCGAUGACGUUACCCGCAAAAGUUAUGUCUGGUCGUGCACCAUUUGCUGGACCGUCGUCCAUCUCAAGUGUGCUCAUCAAUGGUGGAGCACCUCGAUGAAGGUGGACGAGGCCACCGGCGAUAAGUCAUGGCGUUGUCCCGGUUGCAACUCAAGCCUGACUGGCGAGCCCGGUGAUUAUCAGUGUUGGUGCGGCAAAGAUCUCAACCCCAGUCACAACAGCCUCUUGCCCCCUCACUCAUGUGGACAGACAUGUUCUAAACCACGGACGACUUGCUCACAUCCCUGUACCCUUCAGUGCCAUCCUGGGCCCUGUCCACCUUGCAAUGUGCUAAGCCCUCCCGAGCCUUGCUACUGUGGUAAGCACACGCUUCGCAAGAAUUGCAGAGAUACCGACUACUACAACGGUUGGAGUUGCCGAGAGCCAUGUGGCGAUUUGCUAUCUUGUGGAGAGCACGAAUGCUCGCAGAUCUGCCACCCAGGUGUCUGUGGAACCUGCGAGGUGGCAGUGAAGGCUAGGUGCUAUUGUGGACGAGUUGAGAAGGAGAUGGAAUGCUUCAAGCAGGAUGAGGUCUGCGACUCCUACGAUCCUACCAACGAUUCUUGGUUCCAGGGCUCUUUCAGCUGCGAAAAUUCCUGCGGAAGGGCCUACGACUGUGGAAUUCAUCGCUGUGAGACGUCUUGUCACCCACAGGAUGAGCUUCCGGCUCACUGCCCCUUCUCCCCGGACGUGGUAACCCAUUGUCCUUGCGGAAAGACACCGCUCAAGGAUCUCGUGGACCACCCGCGCCAAUCUUGCGAGGAGCAUAUUCCUCACUGCGAGAGAGUCUGCGAGAAGAAGCUCAAGUGUGGCCACACAUGCCAGUCAUUGUGUCACACUGGAGAUUGUGACCCUUGUAUGCAGGUCAUGGAUAUAGAUUGUCGGUGUGGCCGAGUCACCGCCCCGUCCAUCUGCCAUGAGGGGGAUAUCCAACACCCCCUGUGCUUCAAGGUGUGUCAGGCAACUCGGAACUGCGGGCGGCAUCGAUGUGGAGAGCACUGCUGCCCGGGUGAAAAGAAGGCAGCGCAGAGGGUCGCCCAGCAGAAGAAGCAGCGUUCUGGUGUCGACUCUAUUCAGGUUGAAGCUGAGCACAUCUGUGUUCAGGUCUGUGGAAGGCCACUCAAGUGUGGUAGCCACUUCUGUGAGCAGCUCUGCCAUCGUGGAGCUUGCCAGAGCUGUCCUGAAGCUGUAUGGACCGAGAUCAGCUGCAACUGCGGUGCAACGGUUCUUCAGCCUCCUCAACCCUGUGGGACUCGCCAGCCAUAUUGCACAUCAAAGUGCAGGCGCCAGACCGCUUGUGGUCAUCCCUCUGUUGAGCAUCAGUGUCAUCCUGAUGACGUUGAAUGCCCUCCUUGCGCCUAUCUAACUGAGAAGGUAUGCGCCUGUGGGAAGACGACUUUUCACAACAAGCCUUGCCAUCUCCAACAGGUUCACUGCGGCGAGAUCUGUGGGCAGAAGCUUCAAUGCGGUCUUCACACCUGUAGGAAGCUUUGCCACCGCCCUGGAGAGUGCGGCGAUGCUCGAGAGGGCUGCGAGCAAGUCUGUGGAAAGACGAAACUGCUCUGCAAUCACACUUGCCAGAAUGUCUGCCAUGGCCAGACUCCCUGCAACGAGUCUACUGCCUGCCAGAAGAAGAUGGUUGUCCAGUGCCCCUGCGGUAACUACAAAAAGGAGUUCAAGUGCCUCACGAGCACCAGCAACCCGACUCCAAGCCGCCCAGAGCUUAGAUGCGACGAAGAAUGUGAACGCCUGGACCGUAACCGUCGCCUUGCCGCAGCUCUCAACAUCGAUCCUGCGUCACACACCAACGACCAUGUCCCCUUCUCAGACAACACGCUGAAGCUGUACAAGCAGUUCCCCUCUUGGGGCGACAGCCAGGAACGACAUUUCCGCGUCUUUGCUGCUAACCCAGAUGAGGUUCGUCUCCGAUAUGAGCCCAUGCGUAAUGAGUCCCGCCAGUUCUUGCACCUCCUGGCUGAAGACUUUGGCCUCGAGAGCAAGAGCGAGGAUUAUGGUUCGAAUCGAUCUGUCGUUGUCUGGAAGACGGACAAGUUCGUAUCUGCUCCGCCCAAGACGCUCGCCCAGUGUGUCAAGAUCCGUGCCGCUCAGGCUGCCGAAGCCGCUGCCGCUGCGGCCCUUCGUCCCCCGAGCCCACCCCCCUUUGAUAGCGAGCCUUUCAACAGCAUGGUCCUCACCGAGCCUCGCUUUGGUCUGACCAUUGACGAAGUCACAACCGCACUCGCUUCAGACCUUGCAUCCCUGCAGGGCUUCUCGUUCAAGACUGACUUCCUUAACGAUGAGGUUCUCAUCAAGGCUACUGCGCAGUACUCAGCCUUCCUCACACCCGCCCCAGUCGAAAAGAGCCUUGCUGCUCUGAAGCCACGCAUCGAGCAGACGAUCCGCAGCCAGAAGCUCGCCGAGGGUGUGCUGCUCUGCCACUCGGACGACAAGGGCGCCGUCACCCGCCGCGAGGUACUCCGCCGACCGGGCGCAGGGGGAUGGAGCGCCGUGGCUGGGCGGGCGGCGUCCAAGCCCACCUCCUCCUCUUCCACGCCGGCGCCCGAGGACUCGAUCAAGCCCGGCCGCAAGCUGCUCGGGCUUAAGAAGAAGAAGCCACAGCAGCCCGAGGCGGGCAAAGUGUGGGCGGCACUUGAUGGGGAUGUAGAAUGCUAG